AUGUCCCUACGCACGCGCCGUUACAACCCCGUUCCGAAGCCUGAGAAGCUUCCAAACCCAGACAAGAUCCCAUACAUAAGUCCAGAAAAGGCUGAGGAGAUGAUGUCUGAGUUUCGAAGGAUAGCGGAGGAAGAAGACGACGAGAAGCCACCCACCGACGAGGAACUCGAGAGCGAGGGCAUCCCGGCCAUCAGUUGGUACGAGCAAGAUUUGGCCAAGGGCGGACCGAGACGUCUCAUAAAACGAGUGGCAACGGCAGAAGAUCGCAAAAAGGAGAAGCAGAUGUACAUGAUGAUGUCAGAGGCAGAGAAGAAUCCAGACUCCAUCCUCGAAAGCAAGGAGCUGCAACGUCGGCUCAUCGACAGUCUUAUCGAGAACCCCAACUUUGCGGAUCUUGCACAGGAGCUCAAGGAAAUGAAAGGAGGUAUCAGGACAAAGGCAGAGCAUGAGGAAGAGAUAGUGAGAUUGAGCAAACAAGAGGAACAAGAGAACGAGGAGAUGACUACAGCCAUGAAGUCAGGCUUGAAGGCGGCAACACAGCAAAUGUUCCAAGGUCUGCUCAAUGACCCCGCUGCUGCUGCAGUUAAGGAAGAAGUACAAGAAGUUCUCGACAAGCUACCUGAGAUGGAAGACAUCGACAAUCCUGAGUUCCAAGCGAUCGUUCAGAAGGCAAUGGCCAAGCUAGACGAUGACCCGAUAUAUCAAAAGAAGGUCGCAUCUAUGCCAAAUGAAGACGCGGAAAAGUUACAGAAGGAGCUAGACGAGAUUGAGCGCGAGGAUGAGGCAAUCAACAAACUCUUUGGGAAGGAUGAAGCGAAUUCACCCCUGGGCAAUCCCGAUUCUGAUGCGGAUGUCAAUCAGCUCAUAUACCAAAUGCGCGAUGUACUCAAGUCUAUGGGUGGAGACGCCAGUGUUGAGGCUGAGCUUGACGCUUUGCUUACCGAAGAAACAACGGACGAAGAGCCACGCCCAUUCGAUGCAGAAGAGCUAACAGGAGAACUAAUAAAGCUCGUAUCGGCACAGCGACCGAAGUCUAAAGGAAUAGAGCCAGAAGAUAACGUACCAGCAGACCUCCAAGCCAAAGUGGACAAGAUCAUGGAAGAUCCCAGGCUUAUGGAGAAGCUCGCCUAUAUUCAGAACCUUAUCGAAGAGACUGAACGCGCAAAGUCCGACAUCACGUCCAUCGCGCACGAGGUUGCGCCCGAUCCUUACGAGCUCGAAGAUACGCGUACCGCUACUCUCAAGCAGCGUAUGCAAGCCGCCCGCCAGGACCCAGAACACAUCGGCGCCCUCGAUCGUCUGCGCGUUACCCUGCCCCCACCUUUCAACAUCUCGCCCGCUCUAAAGUCCUUCAAUCAAGCCAUCGAGUUUGCAUACAUUGGAGCGAACGACGACAUCCGGCGCAUCCUAUGGCGCUCUUACCAAAAGGCGCGCACACUGCCCACUUUCUUACCGAACGUCAGUGACGAAGCUUGGGACAUUCUGUAUUACUCCCAGGCCGUAACUUGGGGCUCCAAUCAGAACCGACAAGAUCAUCUGCGCACGUUGUUGGCGGAUUUGAAGAAGUUGGGAAGGGACGGACCGCCCACACACCCAAGUACCUUGGUAAGGAGCGGAGAUGGUGAGCACCUGGAGGACACAACGGAUACGAAAGCUCAGUAA